AUGCCCCGAGGUCCACUGCGGGUGGUCGACCCGAUCAUCGAAAGGCUACCCGUCGUAGGCGUCGUGGUGCUGUUGAUAUGGACGUACUACGCCUACGUGAUCUUGCUCUGCGGCAGACUGGUCGAGAACGACGGGCUCCGUGCGUUGCUGGUGGUCACCUUCCACGCGCUGUUCCUGCUUUGCGCCUGGUCGUUCGUCUACACGACACUCGCCGGCGCAGGGCGUAUCCCGGCAUACUUCAGUCUCAGCAUCGACGAGAGACAGCGGCUGGACGCGCUCACGGACUUCGACGAGCGGCGGCUGUACCUGGACGAGCUGGGCGACAAGCGGGGCGUCCUGACGCUGGGCAUGGACGGCCGCGUGCGCUACUGUGCCGAAUGUCAGCGCAUCAAGCCCGACCGAUGUCACCACUGCUCCUGGUGCAGAAGGUGCCUGCUCAAAAUGGACCACCACUGCCCGUGGUUCAACAACUGCGUCUCCUUCACCACCCAAAAGUCGUUCCUGCUCACUCUGGUUUACUCCUCUCUGCUGGCCGGUUUCGUGGCGGCCACCUCCGUCAUACACGCCGUCCUCGCGUGGUUCGACCCGGGCCUCUCGUUUGCCACGAUCAACGUCAGCGCACUCGUCGUCGGCGGCAUCUACCUAUCGAUCGGCCUCGGCAGCUUCUUCUACUUUCACUUGUGCAACGUGUACCGCAACGUGACCACGCUCGAGCACAUGCGUGCGACAAUGUUCAGGGAGGCCGAGGACUCGUUCGACAUCGGCCUCGCCAAGAACAUCGAGCAGUGGCAUCCAUAG